AUGGCAUUGCCAAGAGGAGCACUCAUGGAGGUGCUCAGACAGUCAACUGAAGGACUGAAGCUCAGGUCCAACGUGGUCCGAGUCUUUGUCAGCUCCACCUUUACAGAUAUGAGCAGUGAGAGGAAAGCCUUAUUGGACAAAGCCUAUCCUGAACUUCAAAUCUUUUGUCAGAGUCUGGGCUUAGCGUUUGAGGCUCUGCUGGGGAACCGGUAUGGCCACCGCCCUAUCCCCCGUGUCCUCCCAGGAAAACAAUUUGAGGUGCUGCUGUCCAAGCUACCACAGGACCAGGUGGGGCUUCUCCACCAAUGGUUCAGGAAAGACAACAAUGCCAUCCCACCCGUCUACGUUCUUCAGCCAAUCACAACUCUAUUGCCCCACUACAAUGACCUUCGGCCUCAGAGUGGGCCACUGCAGGACGACAGUGUCAUUUCCUGGCGUUACACAGAGGCUCGACUAUUGCAGCUCUUACGCACUGCGGCCGUGCAGGCUGAGGAAGACGGGGAUAUCUCUGCUGAACAAAAACACCAGUUCUUCAAAUCUGUGGCGGAGCAUGAGAUAGAGGAGGGUCUGCGAACGCCAGAUGGGGACGAGAGCGAGCCCUCCGCCGUCGUGUUCGUGCGGGAGCUACCUCACCUGCGCAAGAAGGACGGCCCGAAGCGGCUGGCCCAGUACACGGAUGUGACGGCUGAUGGCCUGCUAGAUACAGAGGCUCAGGACCUCCUCUCGGGCCUCAAGUCGCGUCUCUACGCCGCCUCGCCGGGCAUCCUCAACCUGCACUGUGUGGAGCUGUGCAAGGGAGCCAUCGAGCCCAGCCGCAAGGAGCACGCACAGUACCUGGAGAGUCUCUGCGAGCAGCUCGUGUCCCAGACGAAGGCUUGCAUCGCCAGGAGGGUUGGUGCUGGUUCCCCAAUGGAGGCUGGUGCAGGGAGGAUGAAUGGGGCAGGAGGAGGAGAUGCAAGGCAGAGGGAGGGGGAAGAGGACAGAGGCUGGCUGCUCCAGGAGCUUAGUCACCACAUGGCUUUGAGCGCCGGGAAGUGUUUGGGUGUGUUCCGCGGCAGGGAGGGGCUCCUGGGGAAGAUCUGCCUGGCCAUGUGGGAGCACACCAACGCCCGCCACAUGCCCCUGGUGGUGCACGGGCUACCGGGUGUGGGCAAGACAACGCUGCUCUGCAAGCUGGCACAGGAGAUGCGUGGCCUCCUGGACCCCAGGGCUGUGGUGGUGCUCAGGUUGCUGGGGACGUCGGCAGAGAGCUCCGACUUGGACCGUGUCCUCCAGAGUGUCUGUUUCCAGAUCUGCUCUGUGUUCAGUUUGCCGCCCCCCACCCCGAUAACAGCACACACACGCGAGGACCUUGUGAGGUUCUUCCAUGGCCUUCUAGCUGAGGUGUCGGAGCGAGGAGACACACUUCUUCUCAUACUAGACUCCCUGGACCAAUUGUCUCCGGCCACCCAAGGCCAGAAACUCCACUGGCUACCCAAAGACAUCCCCCCCAAUGUCCAUUUGGUGGUGUCCACCGAUACAGGCUCUCCAGUUUUGGCUAACCUUCGGAGAACGGUCGAGGUGCUGGGAAAUUUCUUUGAAGUAGAACCCCUAUCAUGUGACCAGGGUAGAGAGAUCAUGGAUGCCUACAUGAGGGAAGCGCAACGAAGCCUGACUCCAGAACAGUGUGAAGUGGUCCUGCGUAGCUUUCAGCUGAGUGGGAAUCCUCUGCAUCUGAAGCUACUGCUGGACAUGGCCAGGCGAUGGGCGUCCUAUACCCCCGUGACUGACCUGGCUCUGAGCAGCAGUGCACAGGAAGUGAUGUCACAGCUACUCCAGGCCCUUGAGGAGAGGCAUGGGAAGAAACUGGUUGGCGCGGCCUUAGGAUACAUUGUUUCUGCUAGGGGUAGUUUAUCAGAGGCAGAGCUGCGUGAUAUCUUGUCCCUUGAUGACAAUGUCCUGUCUGAAGUCUACCAGUACUGGCUUCCCCCCAACCACUCCCUCAUUCGCCUCCCCCCUCUACUGUGGGUGCGCCUCAGGCACGACUUGGGAGAACUCCUCGUGGAGGGACAGGCCAAUGGAAUCAGGGUGCUCGACUUCCACCACAAGCUGUUGACUGAAACAGUGCAAGAGAGGUACCAGAGGUCAGAGCAGCAGGCUGACAGACACAGGGUCAUGGCUGAGUACUUCCUGGGUAGCUGGAGCCAAGGCCGAUUCAAAGCUGUCCUUCUACCUCCACUGACGACCACAUUGGACGCUGACCGCAAGGUGCCCCGUCAGCCCCUGUGGUUCGCUAAAGGAGUGGCAAAUGUCAAGAAGCUGCAGGAGCUGCCCUACCACCUCCUCCACGCAGGCCUCUGGGAGGAGCUGUGCCAGGAGGUCAUUGGCAGUAGUGAGUGGCUGUACUGUAAGACUCUGACCUGUGGCGUGGCCAGUGUCAUUGAGGACCUGACCCUCUGCACCGAGCUCAUGGACUGUCCCGAGACUCAACUGAUCCGAGACACUUUCAUUCUCCUCAAGCCCACCCUGGACUUUCUAGAUGGACAGAUGGACCGCUCCCUCUUCUACACAGAGGUCUUGGCCAGGCUCCACUCCUUCGCUGAGAUGUACCCUUCACUAAUAGGACGACUCUGCUGCCAGUGUCAUGACUGGCUCUCGUGCUGUCCCGACCCCAUCCUUGUCCCCAAGUGCACCUUCCUCCAGCCUCCAGGGGGGGCGCUAAAGACAACACUUGCUGGUUUCCAUAAAGGGGUCACAGCUCUGGAUGUUUGCCCAGAGAAAGGGCUCCUGCUGGCAGGCUCAGAGGAUGGGAAGGUGAUCGCCUGGGACCUCAAUGAUCUAGAGGUCAUCCAAACCCUAGUGGGACACACAGCUAAGGUGCUAUCAGUGAGAGUGAUUGACAGUGGCGCCCACUGUCUCUCAUUGGCUGCUGACGGGACUCUGAGGAGGUGGAGCCUGCUGAGUGGCAGGCAGCUGUACUGUACCCAGGAGGCGGUGUCCAUUAACUCCUCACCUUCCACCACACACAUCCACGUGUCUGAGGAGAGGGCGCUUGUCUUCACCCACUCUGGAGGCCAAGUUUCCAGCACUGUACAGGGCAGACAGUCACAGUGGACUCUGAGACAGACAGUCACAGAGCUUCCAGUCUGUGCAACCUUCCUCCACGCCUCAGAUGACGAAAGGAUACUUUUGGCAGGCUGUGAGAGGACACUGGUCCUGUUCCAUAGAGAGUCGGACUAUGUCCAGAGCUUCCUGAAUCUGCACCAUGAGGACACGGUGUUGUGUGCCUGUGUGUCCAGCGACAGCAGAGUGGUCGUCUCAGGGUCUGAGGACCAAAGGAUACGGGUGUGGUCUAUAACCACGGGAAACCUCCUUGACUCUUUCCUUGGCAUGGAUGCCCCUGUCACCACUCUGGCUCUGUAUGAGGGCACUGUCGUCUCAGCCUCCUCCUCAGCCUACUACCUGAAGCUGUGGCAGCUGCCCUCACCCAACGACCCUCAGCAGAAACCCAAAGGCUGCAUCCCAGCUGGAUGCCCUCAGGUUGCCCUCACUAAAGAUGGCGACAUGGUGUACUAUGUUAGAAACAUAGGCCAGAAAGAAGUGAUUACAUGGAAUUGUCACACAGGCUCUUCCGCUGACACAAUGGCUGUCUCUGCUGAGGUGUGCUGCCUGGAGCUGGCCCAGCGCAAGAAACUCCUCUUCUGUGGCCUCAAGACUGGCACGGUCCUCAUCUACCCCCUGGCCUUCCCCAAAGAGACCCUGUGCAUCCCACCUCCUGAGGCUCUACCCAUGGUGCGCUGCAUGGCCAUUGGCAGCCAGGAGAAGCACAUGGCCGUGGCCUACGAGGACUCAGUGUGUCUGUUCGAGAUCACGGCCAGGGACAGUUUCCCCAGCGUGGAGGGGCCCUCCGCGAGGUUUGCCCUCUCCCUGCUCCACUCGCCCGUCUCCUCCAUGGCCCUGCUCCCAGACUGUAGGCUGCUGUACGGGACGGCCUGCGGGGAGGUCACCAUGUAUGACUUCAAGUCCGCCUCAGCCGCCACCCUGGAUGGCCACCGCAGCAGGGUCACCUGUGUGACGGCCAGCAACUGGGGGACGCACGCCCUUGUGGGCUCAGAGGACGCCGUGCAGAGGCUGUGGGGGCUUACCCCCCUGGUGCUGGAUCACACCAUGGAGUACAAGGGGUUCUGGUUUGAAGGGGUUCUCUGUGCAGCUUUCUCUGAGAGUGACAAGUACGUCUUCACUGGAUCCCAGGAUAGAACUAUUAAAGUCUGGGAUGUUGCUAGUGGGAGUCUGUUAUUCGUCCAGUACGUCUAUGCUCCUGUCACCAAAAUGUUGACCUACAGGAAUGGCUUCGUGGCAAUCUCUCAGCUGGGCUAUGUCAUCAAGGAAGGAUUCCGCUGUCCGGAUGACGUCAGUCUGGAAUACAACCCACUCCGGAAUGUCAAGGCACAGUACAGGGUCACGUCCCGGGAGAAGAGUGCAGACAGCCCUCACAGCGUCAUCACAGAGAUCCCUGAGUACAAUCCUGCUCAGUUUAACUUCAUGGCCCUGAUGCUCAAGACCAAACCCUCUCACUCAUGCCAACUGUUGUAAGGAAACUGACAUACCAUAACAGACGUAGUGUCAAUUGUAGAGCUCUAGCAUUAUAUAAUGUUCUAAGGUGUGCUGCUACUGUAUACAGUAAGUUGGGUUCAGUUUUCCACACGGAAUUAUAUGAAAAUAGGGGCUAUGUCUGUCAGCUCAAUUCGCUUGCUUUAAAUCAGCUAUACACAUUACUUAUUAUAAAACAAUUCUGUGAAAUGUAGGGAUUUUUUUUAGCAUAUGUUAUGAACGUUUUCAUCACGAGACAUGUAG